GUCGUCAGUUGUCAUUUGUUUUAUUAUUACAGAAUUUAUCAAUGACGUAUAAUAUUUAUAAAAUAUUGUAUUUUUGUUUUCACUGUAAACAUUUUUGAAAUACAUAAAAUCAAGUUUAAUCAAAUGGAAGUAAAACAAGAAGUUAUUGAGACGUGUACACCAGAAACAGAAAAAAAUGAAGUGGAAAUGUAUCCAGAAAAUCUUCUGAGUACAUUUAAAAUUGAAGUUAAGGAGGAACCCACAGAAAGUACAAAUGAUACAUUUGAUUAUAUAGACUUAAAGGAAUACCAUACAGAGACAGAAAAGGAGGAAAAUGAUGACACAUUUAUACCAGUUAAAAAAGAACAAAUUAAUUAUAAAGGUUAUCUCCAAAUUGAACACAAAAUGGAAAUUAUGGAGACACUAAUUGAAGAUUCAUAUAUUGAAGAAAGUUAUACAAGUAAACACUCCAAAGGAAAAACAUUAAAUAAAAAUAUGAAAGUUGCGACUGGCGAAAAACCUUAUGAGUGUGAAAUUUGUUUUAAGCAAUUUAGUCGAGCAGAUGAUUUGAAAAUACAUUUGAGAACACAUACUGGAGAAAAACCGUACAAGUGUGAAAUUUGUUUUAAGCAAUUUAGUCAAUCAGGUAAUUUGACAACACAUUUGAAAGUGCACACAGGAGAAAAAUCUUACAAGUGUGAAAUUUGUUUUAAGCAAUUUAGUCGAGCAAAUAAUUUGAAAACCCAUUUGAUAGUGCACACUGGAGAAAAAUCUUACAUGUGUGAAAUUUGUUUUAAGCAAUUUAGUCGAGCAAAUGAAUUGAAAACACAUUUGAGAACACAUACUGGAGAAAAACCGUACAAGUGUGAAAUUUGUUUUAAGCAAUUUAAUCAAGCAGGUAAUUUAAAACAACAUUUGACAGUGCACACUGGAGAAAAAUCUUACAAGUGUGAAAUUUGUUUUAAGCUAUUUAGUCAACCAAAUCAUUUGAAAACACAUUUGAGAGUGCACACUGGGGAAAAACUUAAGUGUGAUAUAUGUUUGAAGCAGUUUUAUGAUCCUACCAGUUUGAAAAACCAUUUAAAGAGGCACAGUGGAAAAAAUCUUUACAAAUGUGAAAUUUGUUUGAAGCAGUUUACUAGUUCAGGUCAUUUGAAAAAACAUUUGAUAGUGCACACUGGGGAAAAACCUUACAAGUGUGAAAUUUGUUUGAAGCAGUUUUCUCGAAAACAUGAUUUGAAAAAACAUAUGAGAGUGCACACUGGAGAAAAAUCUUACAAGUGUGAAAUUUGUUUUAAGCAAUUUAGUCAAGCAAGUAAUUUGACAACACAUUUGAGAGUGCACACUGGAGAAAAAUCUUACAAGUGUGAAAUUUGUUUUAAGCAAUUUAGUCAAGCGGGUAAUUUGACAACACAUUUGAGAGUGCACACUGAAGAAAAAUCUUACAAGUGUGAAAUUUGUUUUAAACGAUUUAAUCUAGCAGGUAAUUUAAAAAAACAUUUGAGAGUGCACUCUGGAGAGAAAUCUUGACAAGUGUGAAAUUUGUUUUAAACAAUUUAGUCGAGCAGAUGAUUUUAAAAACACAUUUGAGAGUGCACACUGGAGAAAAAUCUUACAAGUGUGAAAUUUGUUUUAAGCAUUUAAGUCGAGAAGAUCAGUUGAAAAAACGUCUGAAAGUCGACAGUGAAGAAAAACAAAUGUGACAUUUGUUUUAAGCAGUUUUCUUUCUAAGUAUUUAAUAUGAAACUUUAAAUGAGAUUACACCCUGAAGAAAUUUCUUUUAAAUAAUUUGAUGUAGUUUAUUAUUUAAAACGUGAGUACUCUAAACAGAAACAUAUUAGAAAAUGAUAAAAUAAUUUAAGUACGCUGCUGUAUAAAUAAAACCUGAGGUUCAGAACAAAGAGUCAAAUGUAGAAUAAGACUGGCCAGAAACCCAUUUAUAAAAAUGAGACAGUUUUUCAUCGCCCGAAAUUUGAUCUAAUUAAGUCAUCGCCAGCCUAAAUUUGAGACGGCACCUAAAAAAGAGAUUUGGAGGUUGGUGUAGUAUUAUAUAAAUCAUAAUUUACACUGAGUGUUUGUGACAGAUGGAAUUCAGAACUUUUAAUUUCUGAAGUGGAGUCAGAUAGGCAAUACUCCGAAAGCUAUUUUGUAAUAUUAUACAAUGUCAAAUAAUGAUAGAUGUAUAAACUAUUGUAAAUUAAUUUAGUGGAAAAUAAAUAAUAGGUUUUCGAAUUUU